GAAAUGAACAACAAUUUAGUCGGCGAUGAAAUCGGAAAAUUAUUUGUUGGUGGGCUGGACUGGAGCACAACACAAGAAACCCUGAGAAACUACUUUUCACAAUAUGGGGAAGUGGUAGAUUGUGUUAUAAUGAAGGACAAAACAACUAAUCAGUCGCGAGGCUUUGGUUUUGUCAAAUUCAAAGACCCCAAUUGUGUACGGACAGUGCUGGAGACAAAGCCACAUAAUUUAGAUGGCAGAAAUAUUGACCCGAAGCCAUGCACUCCUCGAGGAAUGCAACCUGAAAAAUCGCGAACUAAGGAAGGAUGGAAGGGCAGCAAAGCCGAUAGCAAUAAAUCAAAGAAGAUAUUUGUAGGUGGAAUCCCCCAUAACUGUGGCGAGCCUGAACUCAGGGACUAUUUCAAUAGGUUCGGAGUGGUCACAGAGGUGGUAAUGAUCUAUGAUGCAGAGAAGCAGAGGCCCCGAGGUUUUGGAUUUAUUACUUUCGAGGCUGAACAAUCAGUGGACCAGGCUGUCAACAUGCAUUUUCACGACAUCAUGGGCAAAAAAGUUGAAGUUAAAAAGGCAGAACCCCGCGAUAAUAAAGCUCCUGGCCAGCUAGCCCCAGGCCAAUGGGCUCCCAGGAGCAUUUUGAGUACAGCUAAUGGUUGGCCAGCACCGCCUGUCCAGGGUUGGCAACAGCCGUAUGGGCCACAAGGCAUUUGGGUUUCCACUACUGGCCAGCCUAUAGGUGCUUAUGGACCUACGUUAACAGCAGGCCGGGGAACCCCCGCCCACCCACCUUCACCUUUUAGUGCAUUCCUAGUCACCACCCCAGCAGGCAGCUUUGCUACACCUCAGGCCUACACUUCGCAGGGCUUCAGCACAGCGCCUCAAUUUGGUUACAGUUUUGGCACGCCUCAAGCAGAACAGUAUGUUCAGCCAGUUCCUCCACCACCUACUACUCCAGGAACGGCAACAUUGGGUUUUGCCCCCACUACUACGCCAACUCAGGACUUGAGCAAAACUUCCUCUGGGCAGCCGGACUUUCCGUAUAGCCAGUAUGGCUACGCUCAGGACCUGACUGCAUUCAGCCACACCUUUGCAGACCCUAAUCAGACAACAGCCUCGUAUGGCUCAGCACAGCCCGCUACUGCGCCACAGUCCAUCGCCAGUGCAUUUGGAAGAGGGCAGAAUCACAACGUACAAGGCUUCCAUCCGUAUCGACGUUGA